UGCCGGGAUGCCUUCCUCAAUCAUGGCGGAUCGGGUAGCAGGCUAACGUGAGCGGUUAGCAUAUUGAUCGACUGUUUCAUUUAACGCAUCGCAAAAAUUGCAGCCAUCUGGUAUUUUCCACACACAGCUGAAGCCGCUGGAGAGGAACUGGUGUUGAAUACCGGAGCAGCACACCAGUGACUUUAAGAGGGCCGUUACAAAAUCAGGGGCAUAAUGGAGUGUGCAGUGCAAAUUCUCUCAGGUGAGGAAGAGGCCCCUGAGAAAGAUGACAUGAAUGUGAAGGAAGGAAAUGAGACGCCUCAUAAGAAAAGCAAAAAACACAGAAAACACAAGAGCAAAAAGAAGAAGAAGAGGAAGAAAGGAGAGAAGGAAAGUAGUUCGGAAUCUGGUGCCGAGUCGGAUGUAGAGGCACAACCUCCACUGAAACCUGUCAGGACCACCAGAGCCAGUGCCAGACUGGCAGCAGCUACAGGACCUGGAGACAAUGCUGGGCUGAAGGAGGAUGGUAAAAGGGAUGUCAUUACAGAUCGUGGUGAAACAGAGGUAGAUGCAAAAUCCAAAAAACACAAAAGGCACGCUGCCAAAAAGAAGAAAAAGAAGAAGAAGAAGGAUGAAAAACAGGAAAAGAAAUCUCAGUCUCCUACCCCAUCUGAAAGCAGCUCGGCUUCAGGUUCUGACUCAGAAGGUGAAGGAGGUAAAGGGGCCGUUGAUGGAAAAUUCUCUUCAGCUGCAGUAACUGACCUCCAAGAGCCUGUGUCCAAACUGCUUCCAAAAAGCAAACGAGGGGAGGAGAAGGGGGUUCCAAUCCUCGUGCAGAAAUCUGAAUUGCUUGGAGUGAACCAAGAGGGGAUUGUAGAAAUGGAUGCAUCCCCCAUUGGAGGGAAGGGGGGUCACACCGGUCAAUUAGAAAAGGAUAUGAGGUUGCCCUCUGCAGGUCAGGAUGACACAAAACUUGCAACAACAGAUGGUUGCCAUGCUGAUGGUGCAUUCAGCCAUGCACAGGAACUCCCUGAUAUCAUCCCUAAACAAGAAGGUGCUACCCCAAGAGAUGACCCAGCCAUAAAAGAUCAGGCCAAUGUAGUUCAGAGGGAAAAGGUCAAGGAAUGUGAUCCCCAAAGGUCACAAUCUUCAUCCCCCUCAAGAGUUCUAGACAUUAAGAGGUCUAGCUCAUGUCAUAGUCGUUCACCAACACCUAGUCCCACUAGGCUGCAGUCUGCUACCCAAACAGCAGCAGGUAUUGAAGAACGUUCAAGAACCCAUUCCAGGUCAACCUCAAAGGGAAAGCUUUCAGCAACUCCUCUCAAGAAUCGGCAGCAGUCCCGCUCACUGUCCCGUUCCCAAUCCCCUAAAUCUAGGAGGAAGUCUCUCUCCCUGUCGCCCAAGUCUCCCAAGAGAGCCACCUGUCAAUCACGCUCCACGUCUCGAUCCCUCACCCCCAAGAAGAAGGUGUCAAAGCCUCUAAGGAAGUCCAAGUCUCCUAAAUGCCGUAGAAGCUCUUUGUCUGUUUCCCCAAAGCGACGCAGAAGUUCCCCAUCUCCUAAAAGAAAACUGUCACGAUCUCCUAAGCGUGGCGGGCGCAGGUCUCCCUCUCUAUCUCGGUCUCCAAGGAGAAGUCGAAGGUCAGAGUCACGUCCCCGUGGAGGCGCAAGGCGCUCCAGGUCCCGCUCAAUAAGACGAGGCGGUGCUGUUGGAAGGCGUUCACGGUCACGCUCUGACACUAGAAUUCGUCGUUCCCACUCAAGAACAAGGCGCCCUGCUCGACGUUCUAGGACACGGUCACCAGCAAGGCGUUCAGGAGGCAGGCGCUCCAGAAGUCGGUCCUUGUCUCGGCGUAGGAGGUCACCUCCCCCCAGAUCCAGACGCUCAGGCUCCAGGUCAUUCCGCAGGAGCAGACGGACUCGAUCACGUUCUGUCGUAGUCCUUAAACGAAACCGUCGCUCAAGGACCAGAACUCCUCGCAAACGGACCAAAUCCAGAACCCCUCCUUCGAGAAGACGGUCUAAAUCACCAGUAAGAAGGCGAUCUCGUUCUCCUGUCAGGAGAAAGCGUUCUCCACCAAGGUCUGGCAAGCGCUCCAAAUCCCGCUCAUUGUCUCGAAGGCACAAGUCAAAGUCACUUUCACCACUACCUAGAAAGAGGAGGUCCAAAUCUCCGAGGAAGAGUGGAAGAAGAUCAAAGUCUAAAUCCGUUUCUGCAGGCGUGCACAGAUCUAAAUCCAGGUCCGACUCAAGUGAUAGGCAGUCUGACAGCUCUUCUCCAGCCAGAUCUACAUCUUCCUCUCCUGUUAAAGAGAAUAAGCUCCCCUCUCCAAUGGUAGACCAAACAGUUGGCGUGAAGGCAGCCGGAGAAACUGGGGGAUUUUCAACAGGUGCGUGGAAACCCGUGUCCUCAGCAGCUUUCUCCAGCCCCCAGGCUGAGAGCACUUUGGAAAAGUUGCAGCCUCAGACGCUCUCUCCCAACCAUGAAAAGACACUGAAAGAGUGUUCCAGCUUAUCCAAUGAACAAGAUGUUUCCAGGUCAAGGUCUGGUUCAAGAGAGCCCGAGACUGGCCCAGAUGGGUCCGAUUGUUCGGAGGGCUCGGCUGAAGAAGAGGAGUCUUCCUCUCCAGUUAAAACAGCUUCCAAAUGCCAGAGAAGCUCCUCAGGCUCAGCAUCUCCAGGAGUGCAGAAGAAGCAGCUGUCACCAGUGGACCAGAGGAAACUUUCACGCUCCACUUCACCUCGGCGUUCAACAUCCAAGUCUAAAUCCAGGAUAAAGCAUUCUAGGUCCAAGUCUCCAGUCAGAAAAAGAGAAUCCGUAUCUCCAUCUGAGAGGAAGAAGCGACGAUCUAUAUCCCGAAGUUCUGCACGGCGGCGAAGGUCCCGCUCUGCCACGCGGCGAAAGGGUUCAAACUCCAAGUCUAGAGCCAGAACCCGCCGAUCCAAGUCGCCAGCCCGCAAGAGGCGCUCAAGAACUCGUUCACCCAACGCCCGCGGAAGGAGGAGGUCCAAGUCCACAGACAGAAGCAAGCGAUCAAAGAGCCGCUCCCCAGGCCGAAGGAAAAGGUCUCGGUCAGGAGACAGAGGCAGGCGGUCAAGAUCGCGUUCUACCGAUCGCAGACGCAGGUCUAGGUCGAGGGGUCGAGGGAGACGCCCGGUAUUUCGCAGUCGUUCAUUUGAUAGACGGGAUAGGUGGAAAAGGGAACCAAGCCACUCUCCGGUGCUCAUCCUCCGCAAACAGCGUCGCUCAGGGUCCCGGACAAGGCGCAGCGCAAGCAAGACUCCUCCACGGCUCACUGAACUGGACAAGGAUCAGCUGCUGGAGAUAGCCAAAGCAAAUGCUGCUGCCAUGUGUGCUAAGGCAGGGGUGCCCAUUCCCGAGAGUCUUCGUCCGAAAGCCAUCCUCCAGCUCCCUUUACCCACUCCAUCUCCUGCCCCCCUCUCCUUACCCCUGCCCUUACCUCUCCCAAUGGGCAUGGGGAUGCCCAACAUGCCGAAUAUGCCCAACAUGGGUCCAAUGGGUCUGCCCAAUAUGGGAAUGCCCAAUAUGUCCAACAUCACCAUGAGUGCUGCUAUGGCAAGCAUGACAGCAGCUACAAUGACGGCUGCAUUGACCAACAUGGGGGCCCUGGCUGCCAUGCCUCCUCUAGCCCCACUUCCUACCAUCACCAACAAGCCUCCCCCAAGCCUUGCCCCCCCAGCACCAACCCUUAACCUGGACCACAUCGAGGAAGCCAAGAGGAAGGUUACUCACCAAGCUAACAUACACACCAUCAAGGAGCUAACUGAGAAGUGCAAGAUGAUUGCAAAUAGCAAGGAGGAGAUGGCCAUUGCUAAACCCCACGUCUCAGAUGAUGAAAGCUAAGACCUUAAAGCUCUCACGGUGGACCUUCCUUCCCAGAGUUCCCAUGGCAGCCAGAUGAGAUGACUGAGCCGCAUAAAUCGCCAAGAAGUUCACCCAAGUUGUCACAUUUAAAAUGUAGGAGCACCCAUACCAGCCACUGCCCCUCUAAGCUCCCCAGUGUGUUUCUGUUUGUGUGAGAAAGAAACAGUCACCCAUGAAACCACUGACGAACUGGACACGUGUGUACAGUUGUCUGACUGUACGUCAUGAAUAGUGAGCGAAGAAGUGUGUGUGUGUGAAUGUUGAAUGAGUGUGUAUACAUAGUGACUUUCACCUAAAACUCCUCAAUGUUCCUGCUCAUUUAAGCAGACACUGUUGUAAUGACUGAAGAGGAAACAAACCAAACUAACAAGUGGCGCAAGUUUUUUUUGUAAAAGAUUAGUUUCUCUAAGUUUGUUUAACUUCAACUCUCCCUCUCUUAAAGGACUGUGUUAAGUGGAGAAUGUCUCCCUGUUCUGCUGUAUCCCCUCAGUUCAAUUUAUUCCCUAGUUUUAUAAACAAAUAAUGCAACGUUUUGCUAGAUCCUCACAUGUGAUUUGUUUUCUCCGUCCUGGAGCUGCAGUUCAAGGUUGUGACCACAAGUGGUAAAUCUUAGAACAGGGUGACGGAUUAGGAGUUAAGAAAGGAACUGAAUUUAUUGGCUAAAAGAAAAAGAGAAUCACUUUUAUUCACAAAAUAUCAUUCAUUCGGUAAGUACAGCCCUGGGUGUGAUUUUCUCCCCCUCUCUUUUAAUAACACAGGCUCAUCAACGAAUAAACUGGAGUUUGAUUUGAUUAAUUGGGUUACUUUUCCAAAUUGGAAACAUGUUUGCUGUUGAUUGAAAUGGACAUCUCACCAGCCUCGGUUUUUAAAAUCUAUCUUCACAUGCAGUGUUUUUUCUAUUAAAAAAAUAAAACAAAUCCACACAUUGUGAAAACAAAAAAACAAAUACAAAACUUGCUGCUUAUUGUCACGAUGGAAUUUUACAACAAAUCUGUGCAAACAUGUUAAAGGAUGGCCUCUAGGUUUGAAGGAAAGCUGUUUUUUUCCCGUCUCGGAGGAUCCUUGAUAUUUAAAGUUUGCCAGCAGAACAGAACCUUCCAUACUCGAUAAAUCCACAUUUGCGAUUAAUCAGUGGACUGGAUCUUCAACAACUGACUAAAGCUAAUUUUCCUGCUAAGAUUUAGGAGGAAGAAAUGCAACUUUUCUUAAAUGUCUACCUUUAAAUUGAGGUCACAGUUCCUUAAAUGGAAUGUGUGAUUGAACCCUUUAAAAGCAACCAACAUUUUUAAAUAGUCUUGGCUUUUGCCUUUCUUUUUUGCUGUUUUGCAUAAUUAAAUAUCACUUUUUUUUUCUUUGGAGGCCCUCAUGCCACCAUGUACCUUCAGAUGGUGCUUAAUGACUUUGAGUGAUUAGUUAAUGUAAGAAGUUUAAUAUUUUCCUUGUGUGCCAUUGAUUUUUUGUGUAUUAGACAAUCAGGGUCUGUGUCUCGAGAAGCUUUUUUAAAAUUUGUUGGAUAAACAGCUAUUCCCUUAGGAUAUCUGAAUAUGUUGCAGGAGCAUAUUAGAGAGACAAAUAGAGAAUUGUUCUGGUUCACUAAAUGUGUAACUAAACAAUGUCAAACCCAACAAGUCUUCUUUGAUUUAAACUCCACACUUAGGUAAAUCUUUGGUUUCUUAGCAUUGACAGGUUUAAGCCGGAUACUUUCCCACUAUAUAGGAAAGAUCAAGGAUGAAAUCGGAGCUUUUUGGAAAACUAGCCGUGAAGAGUUGCUAUUUUUGUUUUUUCCUGGAUCAACCCCUCUAUGUUGACCCCCUCACACCCAGGGCUGUGCAACUGUGGGAGAAAUCUGUAAGGUUUUAUCAAAUUGUAACCAUACUGACUUGGUUCCAUACCGGUAAGUCUUGGAACUGUUAAUUGAUCCCCUGACAUGGUCUUUAGCUAUUUUAACGACAGAAAAACAAGACAUUUUAGGAUCUGUUGUUUUGGUAAUUUGAGUAUGACAUCGCUUGCUUUGUACAUAAAUGUGUUGAUGAUUAUUAAACCUCAAUGAUCUGUA